AUGUUAUUAUCUGUGGCUCCCCCUAACCCUAUGCACAACGACUUCAAACCGCCUCAUGACUACCCAACUUAUACCAAGCCCAAUCCCUCGCGAUAUUCACCUCCCGAGUCUCCUCGCAAUCUACCAUCAUUCUUCGAGGAUUCGAAGAUGAACAACUCCCAUCGAGGUUUGCCCUUGCCUGCUGGUCUAAGCCUUCCUGCUCCUGAGCGUGGUCAUCCCUCCGCUCCUCUUCCCCUUGGCCAUCUGCCCGCCCCGCCUUCGCAGUGGGCGGGCCAGGAUGAAUCCAUGAGAAGCUGGCUUCACGCAAAGGCAGAGGAAGAUCGGCGGAAGCAAGAGGAGGAGAAGACUCGUCAGGAGACAUUGCGCCUCGACCAGAGGCGCAUUGAGCAGAGCAUGUUGCGGGACUCUCUGCAGGGCGGAGUCCCUCCCGCCAUGGUCCCCUUGAUCUUCGCAGGCAUUGGAGGGGGUUCUCUCCCGGGGCAGGCUUUGGAGUGGGCUCAGCAAUACCUGGCCAGUCUCAGUAUCCAGAAUCAACAGCAGCAACAGCAGAUUCAGUCUCAGCAGCAACAAAUGCAGUUUCAACAGCAACAGCAGCAACUCUCGCCCGACAUCCAUCGAGACACGACCAGCCGAAUGAUACCUCCCAAUCCGUAUGGGGGCCAUCAGCCUCCGUCCUUGCAGACACAACUUACGCAGCCAUCAAGUCAAGCUCGCGACGCUGUGUCUGGGCCACCCCCUUCCACUUCGCUUCCACGAUUGAACACUACAGACUUCAUUGCAAAUCCGACAACAAACCCAGCCAGCAGACAGCCAAUGGCGCAGACGCAGCCGCAGACGACUUCAUCCGAGCAGUCGUCCGGACCUGGCCUGUUUUUCCAUCACUGGACGCCUCCAAACCAGACUGGGGGAGGAAACCAACCAGCCACACCAUCGGGGAAAAGCAACCAAGGCUCGCCAUUCUCCCAAAGUGCAGGGUCACAUCUACGGUCGGAUUACCAAAAUUCGCCCAAAAAGCGCAAAACAACAGGAGGCCAGAGCAUGCCCAUGCCGCCGACUUCUCAGAGGUCUGAUCCACCACAUCCCAUAUCAUCUCGCUCCUCGGGUGAACGGGAAACGUCCCCAGGACAUCGCGGUCGACCACCACGACACUCACGGCAAAACAGCAGCACGUCGUCCCGUGAGUUGGACUCCUCGAACCGCAACAUUGCCCGCCCCAGCAGUCGGCAGCGGCGGAGAGACGACUUGAGUGGCGUAGGAGCCGGCCCAAGAAGGCAGUUAGUGGACUCGUCACCUGGUGGAUCAGGCGAGGACCACCCUUUUCGGUAUGAGUCCUUCAAAUCUGAAACACGGUAA